AUGGACAGCUCUCAACUCAAAGCAGAUAUCAAGAAGGCCUACGACGCCAUCGCGCCGAAAUACUUUACCUGGACCGAAAACACCCACUCGGUCCGUCUCUCCUACGUCGCCAAACUCUUGCAUCACCUAGACGGCGAAGAAGGUAAAGCCACAGCCACAAGCACAAGCACAGUCACAGGCACAAGCACAGCGCCAGCACCAGCACCAGCUCCAAGCCCAGAAGCAAAUUCAACACCAACCAUCCAAGACCAAGUCAACGUCGGACCCGCCCCGGACACCCUCCUCCCACCCAGCCAAAUCUCCCACGAACCCCCUUCCGCCUCCAUCCUCGAACUCGGCUGCGGCGCCGGCAUCCCCGUGACCAAACUCCUCGCCGCGCGACCCAACACCACCAUCACCGCCAACGACAUCUCCUCGUCCCAGAUUGCCCUGGCCAAGACCCACCUUCCGUCCUCGGUGCGCCUGAUCACAGGCGACAUGAUGGAGUUGGAACUCGAGGCCGAGAGUCUGGACGCCGUGCUGGCCAUGUAUUCGAUUUUUCAUCUCCCGCGGGAUGAGCAGCGGAUCAUGUUGGCGCGGAUUCAUGGGUGGUUGAAGGCGGGACGGUGGGUGUUGAUGAAUUUUGCGGCGGCAGAGUUCGAGAGGGCGUCGGAUGAGAAGUGGUUGGGGGCCAAGGAAGGGGUUGUGCAUUGGAGUGGGUGGGGGGUGGAGGGGACGAGGAAGAUGUUGGAGGAGGUUGGCUUUGAGAUUUUGUUGGAGGAGGUGCGAGCCGAUGAGGAGAUUGAGGAGGAUGGGAGUGUCAAGAAAGUGGAGUUUUAUUGGGUCAUGGCGAGGAAGUAA